AUGCCCGCCCUCUACCUGCCCCUCCCGCCCUCACACCCGUACACAAUCACAAAACCCCCCUCGCCCUCCACCCUCCUCUACACCGCAACUCACCCCACCCCAACCCCUACCUCCUCGCAGUACCUGGUAAAAAUCCAAACGACAGCCCUCUGCCGCGGCGAGCUCGGGUGGGCCGAAACCCUCUCCCCCGCAUCCCAUGCCUCCUCCUCCUCCUCCCCGCCCACCACCACAACGACAACCCAACCACAGCCCGACAACCCCGUGCCCCUCAAACGCAUCCCGGGCCACGACAUCAGCGGCAUCGUCCUCUCCACCCCGCAGAUCGACGAGCGGAGCAUGGCGGGGCCCAAAUUCAAAGUCGGCGACGAGGUGAUUGGCCUGCUUGCGUUUGCGAGGGAUGGCGGCGCGGCGGACGUCGCGGUCGCGCUCGAAGGGGAGCUGGCGUUUAAGCCGCGCAAUGUCAGCGCGCUGCACGCGGCGUGUUUGCCGUUGAGUGCGCUGACGGCGUGGCAGGCUGUGUUUGAGCAGGCGGGGGUUAAGGGGUGGGUUCAGGAUGGAAAUGGGGAUGGGGAUGGGGAUGGGGAGGAGUGGAGGAGGGAUAAGGAGAGGGUGAGGAGGGUGCUUGUGUUGAAUGCGAGUGGGGGUGUGGGGGUGAUGGUUUGUCAAUUGCUGAAGGCGCAUAUGUUGUUUGGGGAUGGGGAAGGGAAUGGGAGUGGAAGGUUUUGGGUUUGUGGGGUGUGUUCGGGGAGGAAUGAGGAGUUUGUUAGGGAUCAGUUGCGGGUUGAUGAAGUUUUGGAUUAUACGAAGGAACGAGAAGGGUUGGGUGCGGCGUUUAGAAAACGCGGCUGGGCGCCGGUGGAUUUUGUACUGGAUUGUGUUGGGGGACAGACGCUGAAGCAGGCGUAUGAUGCCGCUGUUGUCAGGGAUGGGGGGAUUGUUGUUAGCGUUGCGCAGCCCGUUCCUGAGCAGGAGCCGGAGUGGGCGGAUGUGAGGGAUGCGAUUGUGAAAAGGGGCUUAACGAGUCUGUUUUUCAUUGUCAGGCCGGAUGGGGAGCAGUUGGGGAAGAUUGCGCUGUUGGUGGAAGGCGGGGAGCUGAAGUCGUUUGUGGAGAAGGAGAUGGAGCUGUAUCACGGGCGGGAAGCUAUGGAGUUGGUGGAGAGCGGGAGAGUGAGGGGAAAGGUGGUUCUGAGGGUUAACAACUAUGAUAGAUAG